GCAUCACAAAGGAGCAACCCACAGCCCUCUGCACAGGCUACAGGAGUCCUGCUGGUCUCCCCUGGCUGGUGACUGCCUAUUGGGAUGGCCCAGGCUGGGCCCCAAGCCCCCCACCCCUGUGAGCCCAAGCUCUCAUCAACAGGUGACACCAGCUGGGAUUCCUACGCCACCACGAUGAAGACGGCCUUCACAGCUAAAACAGGGGCGGUACCAGCGUUAUUACGUCCAAAAGGAAUCCGAAGAUUAGGGUAUGCAUACUCGCUUGGCGACCCUAUUCUGAACCAGACACAUUACAAUGAUGAGUAUUCUUGGAAAUCCCAUUCUAAAGAAAACCUCAUCAGAAGUGGAUCUUCAAGAGUCAUAAAAGAUCACCAGUUUCAUCCCGAUCAGGACUUCUUCCGAUGGACACUCCCUAAAAGGCAAACAAGUCACCACCUCCCUUGGAAAAUCCCUCUUUCCAUGGAAAAAGUUAGGGAGGCAAUAGCAAACCAGUUUGUUUCUCAGACAAAGAGAGAUUUUGUGGACGUAGCCCAAGCUGAAAAGAUUAAGGAAAGUUCCCAAAAGUUUCCAGACUGGAAAGAAUCUCUGCCCCGACCUCUGGACACAGAAUUUCGGACCCAUUACCAAGUUCCAGCCAAAAUCCCUGAGCUUCAGGACUUCAGUUUCAAGUACGGAUGCUAUGCAAGCCUGCCAGUUGCCUCCCAGGGCUUAGUCCCCUCGGUACUGCGCAGCUAUAUGAAGAAUCAGGAGCACACGAAGAAACAGAGCACAUACCAACACGACUAUGGGAAGGCCUACCUGGACAUCCUGAUGUUCCUGAACUCCUUCACCCCCUCUCAAAUCAACAAGUACCUGCACAGUGUUUCCUACGAAGGUCCACCAGGGAUGUGGAAAGGCUCUCAGAGGAGAUGUCCUUCCAAACAAAGUGUCACAAAAGAACUCUGCAUGACAAGACAGAAGAAUUCUGGAUCGUUUCAUUCGUUCUCAUUGUGAUAUUGAUGGGGAAAGAAGUGAAAAUGGGAAAAGAGGUCAGAUGAAGAGAAUCUGAAAUCAGUGGAUCUACUGGGGUCUGCCUAAUUGGUGAUUUUCUUAAUAAUCAAGCCAAAUAAGGCAGAAAUUCUCUUCAAAUAAAUUGUAGUAGUCAUAAGUUU